AUGCUGCUCACUUGUUUGAAGCAGAACGAUGCAACAAUUUUAUUACUCACGAAAAAGCUUCAAGAUGCUUUCGUUCAAAAAAUUGAAAAGCUUUCGGAAACCUUUCACGGUAGAUACUUACCUAUAUUUGGAAAUUUAAUUUUGGAAUUUGUAAAGAAUUCGUUCAAUUGGAUGAACUUUGGAAGGAAACUUUCCAAAGCUAAAGUUUGGAAUUGUAAACUUAUUUGCUUUAAGGAAUUUCCUCAGAUGUUGAUUUUAAUAUCUCAAGAGAUAUUCAAGACAUAA